GCAUUGUGUUUGUAGAGAAGGCAUUACAACACAAGCCCUACAGGAAGAGAGAUGGGUACAGUUUGGCUCUGGAUAUGCCUAGUUUUACAGGUUUCUUGGACUUUCCCCAUGCACUUUAGGAAACAUAAUGAACUCACAUUGCUGAGAAACAAAGUGGAAAGCCAUGGAGAUCCCAAUAACUUCAUCAAACAAAGCAGAGCAGAUACUCCCUUUAAGGAAAGAGUGGGCACCUUCCCGGAGAUGACUGGUGGGAGACGUAGCAACAGACAGAACAUACUGAAAUACUAUCGUGCGCAGUGUACCUACAUGAGCCAACCAUGGAUACAGAGCCAGGAUAUUAUUUACCAACAGGACCCCAGCGCCAUGUUCCUGUUCAAAGUCUAUACAGGGUCCUUGAGGCCAACUUUUCCUCAUCAGAAUCUUUUCAAAUACAUGAGCAGAAUUUAUCGGUGCUGCAAACUUGGGUUUACCUGUAAGAGGGUAAAAGGCCUUCAGGGAACCUGGACUCCUGGUAGUGGGAAGAAAGAGGUGGAAUUCUCCAUUGACUCCGACAUCUUUAAUCUUUCGAUUCUAAGGGCUGAACUCCACUUGGAAGUGUCCCUUGCAAGUAACCAGCUCACAGUUGUUCCGGGCCUUACAGCAAAAGGCAUCACACUCGCAAGCUUUACAGAAUUAAGGAGUGAUCAUGUCAUGGAACUGGCACUGGAUGCAAUGUCCCUUUUGCAAAUGUUAAAAGAAUCAGAUACAGAGGAUACAAAUGAAGACGUAACAGAGCUGAGCUUGGCAUUGCACUGCAUACACAAGGAGCACCCUGUUCCUUGCCAUCUCUAUGGGGUGUCACUGCUUCACCCACCCUUUCUAGCUUUUCAGUACGAAUGAGAACUUGCUAUUGGAUUCACUUCCGAAGAAGAACUUCACCGAUUCCCUAACGGGCGCAGGCGUCACUUCGCUAGCAAAGGAGAUAGACGCUAGCGUUGAUUUGCACUCUAACCCCAGAUGAAGUUUCGCUCUGGUGAACGGACGUAACACCACAAAUUCACUAAAAUG